AUGGCAGUGCACAAAACAGGCUUUAAUGCGAGCACCGAGGCAACCUUGACUGGGAUUUACCCGCCUGAUGGAUUCGAGGAUGGCGUGCGCUUAAAACCACCACAGAAAGACGGGGUAACAAAGUCAAAUCCCAGCAAGCGGCAUCGAGAGCGAUUAAAUGCCGAACUUGAUACGCUGGCAUCAUUACUUCCUUUCGAGCAAAAUAUCCUCAGUAAGCUGGAUCGACUGAGUAUCCUCAGACUCAGCGUAAGCUACCUCCGCACCAAGAGCUACUUUCAAG